UCAGCCUGGCUUCCACGCCUUCAGUCGGGGCUGUGACGUCGAUGAAGGAAGAUGGCGGCUGUUUGAGUUGGACAGUUGGUCGCUGCGAUCCGCCGCCUGUUUAUUUACAUCCGGGUCUCUCAUCACGAGUGGGGUGGGCUCCGAGCAGUGGCCAGCAGCCCGGACUCUCGGCGAAGGCAGCGCGUCACGUCGUGUCGGGAGGCAGACGGAGGAGUCUUGGGCUCCCGCUCAUGUCGGAUAACCAGAGCUGGAACUCCUCGGGCUCAGAGGAAGACCUGGAGACCGAGUCCGGGCCGCCCGUGGAGCUCUGCGGAGUUCUCUCCAAGUGGACCAACUAUAUCCAUGGCUGGCAGGAUCGAUGGGUUGUCCUGAAAAACAACACCUUAAGCUAUUAUAAGUCAGAAGAUGAGACUGAAUAUGGCUGCAGGGGAUCCAUCUGUCUCAGCAAAGCUGUUAUCACGCCGCAUGAAUUUGAUGAAUGCCGUUUUGAUAUCAGCGUUAAUGACAGCGUCUGGUACCUGCGUGCUCAGGAUCCAGAUCACAGACGGCGCUGGAUAGAUUCCAUUGAACAGCACAAGUCUGAAUCUGGUUAUGGAUCCGAGACUAGCCUACGACGGCAUGGCUCGAUGGUCUCCCUUGUGUCUGGAGCAAGCGGCUAUUCAGCCACAUCUACAUCAUCGUUCAAGAAAGGGCACAGUCUACGUGAGAAACUUGCUGAAAUGGAGACUUUCCGCGACAUUCUAUGCAGGCAGGUCGACACGUUGCAGAAGUAUUUUGAUGCAUGCGCUGAUGCAGACUGUAAAGAUGAGCUUGAGCGGGAUAAAGUGGUUGAAGAUGAUGAGGAAGACUUUCUGCAGAACCACGCAGAGGGGGAGUACAAUCACACAAGUAACGGCACUAGAGAAAAAUUGUUCCCACAUGUGACUGCCAAGGGGAUUAAUGGCAUUGAUUUUAAAGGAGAAGCCAUCACGUUCAAAGCUACUACAGCAGGAAUUCUGGCCACACUGUCACAUUGCAUUGACCUUAUGGUUAAACGGGAGGACAGCUGGCAAAAACGACUGGACAAGGAAGUUGAAAAAAGGAGACGUGUGGAAGAAGCAUAUAGGAAUGCCAUGACUGAACUAAAGAAGAAAGCUCAUUUUGGAGGACCAGACUAUGAAGAGGGACCCAACAGUCUUAUUAACGAGGAAGAGUUCUUUGAUGCUGUUGAGGCUGCUUUGGACCGUCAAGACAAAAUUGAGCAGUCUCAGUCAGAGAAGAGUCGGACACAUUUAUCUUCCCCUAUACCAGCAAGUGACGCAUUCACAGGGGUGGGAAACCACCGAUAUGCCAGAAACUCCCAUUGUUCCUCUCCAACUGAUUUAAUCAGUAUCUCCCGUGAACACAGAUUUGUGUGCCAGGUGGAAGAGAUGGUACAAAACCACUUAACGUAUUCACUACAAGAUGUGGGUGGAGAUGCCAACUGGCAGCUUGUUGUAGAAGAAGGAGAAAUGAAGGUUUAUAGAAGAGAAGUGGAAGAAAAUGGCAUAGUCCUUGACCCAUUAAAAGCCACCCAUUCUGUGAAAGGCGUUACUGGGCACGAAGUCUGCCAACACUUCUGGAAUGUUGAAGUGCGAAAUGACUGGGAAACUACUAUUGAAAACUUCCAUGUGGUUGAGAAAUUAUCUCUUAACUCGCUCAUCGUCUAUCAGACGCACAAGAGGGUGUGGCCGGCUUCCCAGCGGGACGUCUUGUAUUUAUCUGCUAUCAGAAUGAUUCCAGCUGCUAGUGAGAAUGAAACGGAUACUUGGAUUGUGUGCAAUUUCUCUGUAGACCAUGACAAUGCUCCGCUCACUAACAGGUGUGUCCGUGCCAAAAUCAACAUUGCCAUGAUCUGUCAAACACUAGUCAGUCCACCAGAAGGCAACAAAGAUAUCAGUAGAGACAACAUUCAAUGCAAGAUUACAUAUGUUGCAAAUGUGAAUCCUGGAGGAUGGGCCCCUGCAUCAGUUCUAAGAGCAGUGGCCAAGCGUGAAUACCCCAAAUUUCUUAAAAGGUUUACUACGUACGUGCAGGAGAAAACCUCAGGCAAACCAAUUAUUUUCUAAUAUUUGCCAGAGAGAAGAGUAGAGGCAGUAAGAACAUUCCACAUUGGACAAGAUGGUAAAAUACACCUCAAGAUGGAACUCUGGAUCUUUUGCCUUUCCCCAUGAUGAAAGCAUUGUCCUGAGGACAACCCGUGUAUUACAAGACUGAACACUAACCAUCUCCUGCUAGGCCGCCUUAUAGAAUUUCUAUGUAAAUUAUAACCACGUACUGAAGUACAUGUUUGUCUCCGUUCUUCUCCUUUUCUGUUUUGCUUGCUUGCUUUGGAGGGUCAUGGAAAAUGAUUUAGCCAAGGACUGAGGCUUUAAAUUUCUACAACCGGAAACUGCUUGCAUACCAGAGGCCUGUAAACCUAACAAAGCCAUAAUGUCUUGUGUUUAUGCGAACAGCUGUGCAACUAAACACAUGGGGUGUUUUUAAGGUUGAUCGAAAACAAUGCUUGGAAGGUGAGGGGGGAAUUUGAGUUUUGCUUUCUGUAUUUUUUUUUUUUCUUUUUCUCUCAGCUAGCUUGUUGCUAGCUGCGCUGAUUGUUCUGUAAUUACUGUAAUAACUGAGGGCUCUUAUAAUCUAUGGCUUUGCCUUUCUUUGUGAAUCUCCAAUGAAGACUGCAAAGUCUGAAGGAGUUCUCCAAUACCCAAGAAAGCUUUAUUUUUUUUUUCUCUAAGAAAUCUAUAUAUUUCUAUUUGUAUUUUUAGUUGUGUUAAUAUCUUUAAAGAAAAAAUUGUGUUCUGUAACUUAAUCCAGAAAUUUCAAGAUGAUUUCUUGAGCUCAUGGUAAUCUGUUUGACACGAACCGCGUCCUGGCUAGGCCAGUCUUGUGAAGUUUUUAAAAUGUGCAAUCCUUAACGUGUACCUGACAGCCAUACAUGGAGAGUAGAAAGCCAUUUUGUGGGUAACAUCAAUGUUCCCUGUAUUAAUUCACUGAUGCCCGGUGAAAUGAUUUCCUGCUUUGUCCAAAACAUUGGCCUAUCCAACAAAAUGGCUCCUUCCGCUCAGUAUGCACACCUAAUACACUUUAAUGUGUGAAUGGGUUGAUCAGAUAUGUGUUUUGCUGUGGUGUGAUUUGAGCUAUUUUUUUUUUUCCUUCAUUAGUUUGACAGUAUAUUUUUGCUCUACACAGUGGGGCCGGUCAUGUUGUGCAUGUGAGGCAGUUCAUUCAGGACCUGUGGCCCUGUCUGAGGUAUAUAGCACAAAGGACGGGCACUUUUUCUGAAUGAGUAGGCUGAAGUAUUGCUACAUAAAAUGUGCAUAGGGUGACUGAAAAAUAACUGAAUUAAAACCCAAUUAAAGUCAUGGGCAUAGAUAUGCAGACAGAUGGGCAUUGUACUGACAAUUUCCAGUCUUGCAUGCUUUUUUUGUUUUUGUUUUUUGUUACAGCAGCUAUCAACAUGAUUGUGUGGUCCAAUAGGCACCAAAAGUUACCCACUGCUUUCAUUACUUGACACAGACCUGGUUAGACAGACCUCCUUCUCUACAUGAGAACACAUGUGCGAAAGGGGCGAGGGGGAAGGGGAGUGGCUGGUACUCUGCUAUGCCAGCACAAACCACUGCAGGGAAAGGUAGACAUCAGUAUAUUCUGAGUGUUGGGCUCCAUGCACACUGGCAUAAAAAAACGUUGCUUCUACAGGAGUCGUGUUCUGCCUCUAGAAGCAACUCAAUGUUAUCCUGUGUGUUCAUGCACAUUAUGACGUUUACAGGCAUAUUUUGAGAUCGACGUUAAGAGGCAUAAAAAACCCUUCUCAGUCGCGUUUCUGAUUUGGAGCUCACUGGCAGAAAAAACAUAACUCUCUCCUAAACUAGUCUAAACUUUGUACAAAAAAUGCUCUAUGGACGUUUUUUUAAGACCAGUGUGCAUGGAGCCUAUAGGGUACAUUGAGGUAUGUUUGAAUCUGUCAAAAUAUAACAAGCAUGGGUACAGGAAUAAAGAGAUAAAAAGGUGUAUGACUUCAAUUUGGGCUUUAAGAUGGACUUUAGUCCACAGGUAAAGGAGAGCUCCAGUGAAACCAGUCUGCUACAUGGGAUGCAGCAAAGCUAGCACAUUCCUGAUUCUAGACGUAUGUUUGAAAAAUUCACCAUACUCCGCAUUGAAAUUACACCUCUGACACAUAUAUGGGCAAUCUUGCGGGUUUUCUAGAACUUGAGUCUCACAAACCAAAAGCCAGAAUGGGAUCAGAGGUACACAGAUCUAAAAUGUACGUCCUGCAAAAAGCUGAUUUUACUGGAUAUCUCCUUUAACACACUUGUAUCAGUUGUCAGAAUCUUGGUAUAGUUACUUUGCUAGACGAAGAUAUAGAUAGAAAUUAGAAGUUAAAAGGCCACGGAACCUAACAAAGUGCAUUCCAACAUCCCUUGAUAUCCAAGUUCUUGACAUUUAAUAUUGUGACAUUUUAUGUCGGUUAGCUGACUGUUGGCAAAAUUUCAUUUUAAUUUCAGCCAUUUUAAACCUGCGGUGUGUUCCUCUGAACUAUUAUUUAGUAAAUCUAGAGGAAAAAGGUUCCUCAUUGUAUCAAAUUAAAAUCCAUAUAUGUAAAUGUUUCUGGAAAUUUUUAGCAAAAAAGAUGUUUAUCAUUAUAAAGUGUCUAUGUAAAUUAUAUAUUAUAUGAAUCCCAA